AAAAAGGUCCUCGUCAACGAUAAUUAUCUUCGUCCUGCUCUCCUUCCUUCCACUCCCCUGAUUGUUGAAAGAAACACCGAUUCAUCAGCUUUUUUUUUUUUUUUUCUCAAAACCCUCAUUCGUAUCCACGAUGCAACAUCCACCCCCGCCCGAGCCAGCACAAACUACAGUGCUCUUCGAAGUGCCAGUAGAAGAGCUUCCAGAGCAUCUACCAACGGCAGAUGAGAUUGAGAGCUCUCCAAAAUUAGCUAACCGGCCCGCAACGUCUGUCACGCUUGUAAAGAAGCACUUCUUUGUGAAAUAUGGCUGUUAUGUCCACCCAAGUGAAGCGCAAAACAUGAAAUUUGCACGGCAACACCUUGGCAAUCUCGUGCCACGAGUCUUCGCUGUUUACCAAAGACACAGGUUGAAUGAGCCUACUAUUACAUAUAUUAUUAUGGAAUACUUUCAUGGCCGUCGACUCGAUCAGGCUUGGAAUACUCUAGACGAGGCGAGAAGGCUAGAAGUCGUAAACGUUCUGCGCAACGCGCUUCAAAUCAUUCGCGCCAUACCCCCACCUGAUUAUUUCGGCGGUCUAGGUAUGACAAAACUCGAAUCUGAGCUCUUUUGGACUAGAGAGCCAGAUCCUCCAAGGCAUGGGCCAUUCAAGACGGAAGAGGAGCUGAUUCGUGGCAUUGUUCUUUGCUUCAGAGGACACGCCACCGACGUUGCGGAGCUUAAGGAGUUUUAUGCUCAAAGAGCAGACUAUUACUCCCGCGUUCUACCCCAAGUUCUCAGGGGAAGUGGCAAGCCGGUGUUCACACAUAGCGACCUUCAGCGCAGAAACAUCAUGAUCGGGUCUAAAGGCGAAGUGGCCAUUGUUGAUUGGGCUGCGUCAGGCUGGUACCCUACGUGGUGGGAGUAUGCGGUGACAACAGAAGGUUGUGGUAACUGGAGAGAUGACUGGCAACGUUAUAUUCCUAAAUUCUUAGACGAAUAUCCCAAUCAAUACUCUUGGUUCCACACAAUUCGGACUGAUUUGUGGACUUAGAGGGGUAUCAUAUUAGCUUAGCACCUAAUUAAAUGCCUGAUCUUGAUAAAAGCCUUGAAUAAUACUGUAUUUUUAUCAAAUGGAA